AUGCUGCGGCAACUUCGGCCGGUGUCCUACAACUUCAAGCAAGGCUCCGAGUCCAAGUACAUGCGCUUCGGCUUCAUAGCCGAUGAGCUGGAGUCCGUGGUGCCCCAGUUGAUCCGCACCAACCCCUUGAAGCAAGGCCUCACGGACGUGAAGCACGUGUCCAUGAUUGACCUGGUGGCACUACUCACCGCCGCAGGCCAGAGCCAGCAGCAGGUCAUCGAGACUCAGGAGCGGCUCAUGGACCAGGUGGAGGCCGAAUUCGAAGCCUUCAAGUCGGAGCUCAAGAUCCUGCAUCAGCUCAAGGAGAAGAAGCGACAGGCGAACCGCGCCCUGGCUUGCGGCGCAAGUCGCAAGAAGCGACGCCGCCUUUGGUGGCGCUGA